UUUGAAAAUCACCGUUGGCCAAGCACGUGUCAAACCUUUAACACCCUUCAAACUCUCGUCAAAAUUCUAGCGCAAUGGAAAUCGAGAACAAAUUAGACGAGGACUUCGUCUUCUACCUCGGCUUCGUCGGUACUUACUUCAAACAUAUCCGCGAUAAAGACAUUCGUCACCACUGCGAACAAUGGUUGCUAAAACUCUGCGGGGAGCCUUGCCAAGGAAUUGAAAAGAAACGAGGCCGCAAUAUCUACCUCUCACAACUCAUUCUAUGCAUGCAAACUGGAAUUUUGGGCAAUGAAUUUAAAGUUCCGGUCAACGAAGUCGAUGUAGCGAAUGCGACCCAGGUGUUCCAGCUGCAGCCCGAAGGAGAAGCAUUUCAGACCCCAGGAUGGUUGGAGGAUAACGAUGCUGAUGUAGGUACUGCUGCCAGGAAUGCAAAAACUGGGCGGACUUACGUGGCUACGCGUACAUUGCCGGGAGGACAAGGGGCUUUUGCGUACGUUGCCGUCUCCUUAGACGAGGAAGAACCCAAGUGGUUGGGAGGCGGGGAAGGUGUUUUUGACCGGCAUAUGGAACAGAAGUUCAGGGAGGAGGUGCCCGAUUAUGAAAUGGAAAAGAUUCUAGCAAGGAGGAAAGAUCCUAAAGAGCGGGAGAAGGUUAUCACCUUCUAUAAAGUCCUGUUGACAAAUAUUGAAGAUGAGUUGGACGAGAAGAUACAUGCAGGUGAAAAUGACACUGUUAAUGGUCUUUUGGAGCAACUGGAACAAGAUAUGAGGGAUCGUGGCCAGUUUGAACCAUUCGCACACUUGAAUGCUAAAGAUUUAAGAAACGAACUUCUUCUAGUGCUACACGAUCGCAUUCAGCUAAGGAUUAAUAAAGUGAUGAAACGUGAGGAACUUCUCGAUGAAAUUGAGAAAGGCAUUCUUGCGAAAUCAUUCUUUGAAACCUCUGUAACGCCAGAAGACAAGUUCUUGUUACCCCCGGCAAUGUGGGAGCAAGCUAUCAAUAAAAUCCCCAACAAAAAACUGCUUGAGAAAUUAAGGGAUAACUAUCCGAUGAUUCUAAUAGAGAAAUUCUUGAAGCUACUUUCUGAUUAUAAAGAAGAAAUAGCUGUGAGAAUGCACCGUCGACAUGAAAACAUCGCCGCGCAGAUGAAGCGGGAGUUAAGACGUGAAGACGAGAAGGGGAAGAAGCUUGUCGAAGGUGCCCAAAUCGCCUGCGACCACGCUACUGAGAUUCUCAAGGCUGUCAAAGAAGCCUAUACCACUAAGGCCGAAGUCGAGAGGAGAAAUGCAGAGAAGGUUGCCAUUCCAAAAUCGGAGCAUUCUGAGCUUUAUGAUCAAAUGAGGGCCGCUUUGCUUGACACUCAGAAGUCUGUCGAGGAUGAAGCGGCCAGAGGAAAAGUGUUGGCUGCUCAAAUUGGAGAAAUCAACGAACAGACUGAAAUGUGUUUGAAAGUAACGGAAGAAAAUGUCAGGAAGAUUGAAGAGAAGAAUAUGGAAAUAAUGAAAAAUAUCAAGAGACUGAAUGCCGCAAUUGACAAUCAGCAGAAGAGGAUCGAAAUGGUGCAGAAGGUGGGGGCGAAGAAGGGAAAUCAGCUUGAAUUUUUCUUUUAACGUUUUGAAAAACGGAACACAUAAUAAAUACUUUUGAAACAUA